AGUCCCGAAAGGGUUCAUUGUUAAGGAGUUCUUACUUGUUUUAUAUUUGCAUUUGUACCCCCAUUCCUUACUCCCUCCCAACUCAUCGGGUUUGGCCGCUGCUGCCCAAGAGGAACUUCCGCAUUCCCAUAAAGACUUGCACACCACUGCUGCCCAAGAAGAAUUUCCUCAUUUCCAUAAAGACUUGCACACGGGUGCAUAUUAAAAUCAUAUUACCACCUGGGAAUGGAGACAGCUCUGGACAACGAGCCACCCUAGAAAAACAUCUGGAGGACCACACUACGGAGACAUCGGGGACAUGGGGAGACUGGGUGCACCAAUCUCAGUCCCGCAAGCUGGUCACCAUAACCUGGGCAGGACUUGAAAGAGAAGACACCCCUAGACGUUCGAGCCUGAGAUAGAGCCUCCGGGCAAUCCCAGCAAGGAUAGAGGCUCCAGUCCUGCCGACAGUGAGUGACGACAGGCCUGCGUGAUCCUCCUCCUUGGCGUCGACCGCGGGGAGCAGCAGUGGCGGCGCGCACCCCGAGCCCCCACCUCUAGGCCCAGUUCUAAUAAAGGCUUAUUAAUAGGAGCAGAAGGUCUCCUGGCCCUUUAAUUUACAUCAACUGGGGGCUCGUCUGGGAUAAGCCACGCCCACGAGGACCAGGAAGGACUGGCCAUCCACCUCGGACCCUUCAUGGGAUUGCUGGAGACGCCCGGACCAUAGGACGGCCUUAGAGGGAGUCGACACCAAGGAGCGCCGGACUGGUUUGAAGGACCCUACCAAGUUCAACUCACCACACAUACGGCUGUGAGAACCCGGGAAAAGGGGUGGACACACGUGACCCGAGUUAAAGGACCGGUGGCACCACCAGAUGGGGAAGUAAACUCCGAAAAGGACCCCUCUAACUGGACUGUUGUUCCCAACACCAAAGAUUUGAAAAUAACCUUAAGGAGGAAACCCAGAGACUGAAGUCCCCAAUCAGGAACUGGAAUUACAACAGUUGUUGUUUUGAUCUCUUAGCUGCAACAUUUGUGGUUAAGUGUUUCUUUGAAAAGUUUGUGAAAUAAUGUUAAAGUAUUUUCUAGUUGUGGUUAACUUGUAACUAUUGUUAUUAUUACUUGAAAAGGUAAAAGAACCCCCGAAUAAGGCUCCAAUUUCCUAGCCAAGACUAUAUCCCUCACAGGGCAGCUUUUCCAAAACCAAAAACAACAACAGUAAGAAGGAGAAGGACAAAGGAGAAACAAUAAAGCUGUAAGCCUUGGACCCAGAGCCCCUUAAACAGAGCGUGAGGAAAACCCCAAGAGGCAAGACCAGGGGAGAUCAAACAUGGUUCCUACUGGACUCUUGGGAGUCACAGACCAGAGGGAGCCUAAAAGGAUCAUCACAAGGCUCACAAUAGGUCUGGUGAUAACGAUGUACCUCACCAAUGCUAUGGGGACAGACUCUUGCAUGAAAUGUUAUUAUGAUGGGGAAGAUCUAGGGUCCCUGGUAAGGGUCCACACAAAUUUGAGUCCUUCUUGCUACAAAAAAUCACAAUUAGAGGAAUGCCAGGAAAAUGGGAAAACAUAUUGGAUUACCAGAAAUAUGGCCACCUUUAGAGAACGUCUUCUGGGAGACUGCCCUAUGAGGGAUACUUGGUUGUGCUUUGAAAAGAAUGGACCUGUAAAAGGUGAACCUGAUGUGGUAAAGGAGAAAAGAGUGGACAUGAGGGCGGGAAAUGAUGAAUGGGAAAAUUUGAGUGGGAAAAAUUUGUUCAUUGAUUUAGUUGAAAAGAUCAGCAAGGAAUUGAAUAUUGUUGGGUAUGUGGGAGCACUAAAAUGUCUGAUAUUUGGCCUUGGGAGGGAAUUAGCUUAAAACCUCGAGAAAUUCUAAGCAUAAAGCGAAUUGGGGAGAACCAAAGAACACCAGGGUAUCGGAGAAGAGAAAAGUGGGAAUUAAAGGCUAAGGUAAUUGGGGAAGAUUGUAUCCUACGAACUGGGAAAAGAUAUAGGACGCCGGUGGGGCGAAUGGCAUGCAAAAGAUACCCUAUAACAAAGAAUCUAGGAACUAAAUGGGUUCCCCAAGAGCCCAACCGAUAUUGGUCCUUAGAAAAAAGGGAAAAAGGAUGCAUUUAUCACGAAGGAUAUAACCUUUACGAAUUUGCAGAAAAAGGGAUCAAUCCCUUCUGCGGAAUUAGGAGUCUAUCCAAAUAUUGGGAAUGCCCCUAUGAGGACAGGGAGGGUUUUUGGGAAGCCCCGGAUGAUUUCUUUUGGAUCUGUGGGGAUGCAGCUUAUACACAUCUACCAGGAGACUGGUCAGGUAGCUGCACAAUAGGGGUAAUAAAGCCAGCUUUCUUCUUGCUCCCAAAAGAAGCUGGUCCAGAUCUUGGAGUACCACUAUAUGACAACUUAAAGAGGCUCACAAAAAGAAAGAGGAGAAGCGUAAUAAACACAGGAGGAACCCAGAAUUGGAAAGGAAGAGUCUGGACCCCGGAGGAAAUAAUAAGAACUUAUAGGCCAGCGACCUGGGCCCAGGAUGGGUCCUGGGGAUAUAGGACCCCAAUAUACAUGUUAAACAGAAUAAUCAUACUCCAGGCUGUAAUUGAAAUAACAUCGAAUAAAACAGCCCUGGCUCUUGAUCAUAUAAGUGACCAACUCUCUCAGACUCGAACAGUGGUGUACCAACUCCAACUAGCAGUAGAUUACCUUCUCGCUGAUGAGGGGGGAAUCUGUGGGAAGUUCAACACCUCUGAAUGCUGCCUAGAAAUAGAUUAUAAAAGUGAAGUAAUCCGGAACAUUUCUAAAGAGAUCAGAAAAAUCUCCUAUGUAGGAACUCAAGAAUGGACACCAAUCCUGAAUACCGAUUGGUGGGAUAGUUUCUGGUCCUUUAAGGGCUGGUGGAAAAAGGUGGCAUUCAUUGGUAUAGCAGGACUAGCUGGACUGUUAUUUCUUCCCUGCGUCACACCAUGUCUGAUCAGAACGAUUACCUCAGUAAUACAGUCCAGCAGCACAAUCUCUAACUCAUUAGAAAUAACCCAAGAGAAGGGAAAAACUAAGAUCCUAAUGUUGGAGAGUUCAGAACGGAAAGAAGCAAAAAGGGUGUAUGAACAAUACCAAAGACUAAAGAAGUUCCACUACCAGGAGCCUGAAACAACAAACUGACGCAGGCUGAUGCCUGGUCAAAUUAAAAGAGGGGGGAUAUUGUUAUAAAUGAAAAUCCUGAGGUUCAAAUUGUAUGUUCAUGUUAAGGGGUUUUGGUGUUGUAAGUCCCGAAAGGGUUCAUUGUUAAGGAGUUCUUACUUGUUUUAUAUUUGCGUUUGUACCCCCAUUUCUUACUCCCUCCCAACUCGUCGGGUUUGGCCGCUGCUGCCCAAGAGGAACUUCCGCAUUCCCAUAAAGACUUGCACACCACUGCUGCCCAAGAAGAAUUUCCUCAUUUCCAUAAAGACUUGCACACGGGUGCAUAUUAAAAUCAUAUUACCACCUGGGAAUGGAGACAGCUCUGGACAACGAGCCACCCUAGAAAAACAUCUGGAGGACCACACUACGGAGACAUCGGGGACAUGGGGAGACUGGGUGCACCAAUCUCAGUCCCACAAGCUGGUCACCAUAACCUGGGCAGGACUCGAAAGAGAAGACACCCCUAGACGUUCGAGCCUGAGAUAGAGCCUCCGGGCAAUCCCAGCAAGGAUAGAGGCUCCAGUCCUGCCGACAGUGAGUGACGACAGGCCUGCAUGAUCCUCCUCCUCGGCGUCGACCACGGGGAGCAGCAGUGGCGGCGCGCACCCCGAGCCCCUACCUCUAGGCCCAGUUCUAAUAAAGGCUUAUUAAU